AUGGGCUCUCUAGCAACUGAAAUCCCACACCCCUUCGAUCCUCUGUCACUCGAAGAGAUCGAACGAGUCAUCACAUCCGUCAAAAAAGCCCACGGAGAUGUCUUCUUCAAUGUUGUCUCACUGCACGAGCCGCGCAAGGCGGAGAUGAGUGCAUGGCUUGCGGACCCGGAGAAAUCAGCCCGUCCGGCUAGAGUCGCGGAUGUUGUGGUCAUUGCCCCUGGCGGGAAAGUCUUCGACGGCCUGGUGGACGUCGAGACCGCGAGCAUCAAGCUCUGGGAGCAGCUGGACGGCCUGCAGCCUAUUAUCACCAUGGAAGAGCUUCAGGCAGUCGAGUAUGUCUGCCGGAAAGAUCCUGGUGUCAUCGAACAGUGUAAGAUCAGCGGGAUCCCCGAGGAGGACAUGCACAAGGUCUACUGCGAUCCGUGGACGAUUGGCUUCGACGAGCGUCACGGCUCAAAGGUCCGCUUGCAGCAGGCACUCAUGUACUACCGGCCCAAUGUCGAUGACUGCCAAUACCAAUAUCCGCUGGACUUCUGCCCUAUCUACGAUUCUGACAAGCAGGCCAUCAUCUCUAUUGAUAUCCCAAAGGUGCGACGGCCGCUCAGCACGGCCGCAGCCAUCAACUACACACCUUCACACGUCAAUGAAAAGGAGGGCGGCUACAGAAAUGACCUGAAGCCCAUCAACAUCACACAGCCCGAGGGUGUGUCAUUCAACAUGACUGGAAGGGAGAUCGAGUGGCAGAGCUGGAAGAUGCACAUUGGCUUCAACUACCGAGAAGGCAUUGUCCUGAACAACAUCACAUACGACGACAAGGGAACAGUCCGUCCCGUCUUCUACAGAUUAUCACUGGCGGAGAUGGUGGUGCCCUACGGAAACCCCGAGCGCCCACACCAGAGGAAGCAUGCCUUCGACCUGGGCGAGUACGGAGGCGGAUACAUGACCAACAGUCUCGCGCUUGGCUGCGAUUGCAAGGGCAGCAUCCACUACCUUGACGCGCACUUCCCCACCCGCGCAGGCGGCGUCCGGACCAUCAAGAACGCUAUUUGCAUCCACGAGGAGGACGACGGGAUUCUGUUCAAGCACUCGGACUUCAGAGAUGAUUCUGUCAUCGUGACUCGGGCCCGCAAGCUCAUCAUCCAGCAGAUCUUCACCGCCGCGAACUACGAAUACGCGAUCCAAUGGGUCUUCCACCAGGACGGCACCAUCCAGCCCGAGAUCAAGCUUACUGGCAUCCUCAACACAUACGCCCUGAACGCCGGCGAGGACCCCUCACCGUGGGGUACGCAGGUUUACCCCGGCGUCAACGCCCACAACCACCAGCACCUCUUCUGCCUGCGCAUCGACCCCAACGUCGACGGGCCCAACAACACCGUCUUCAUGACCGACACGGUGCCCUCGGACGCCGCCGUCGGCAGCCCCGAGAACUACUACGGCAACGCCUUCUACGCCAAGAGGACCAAGCUCGCCACCGAGGGCCAGGCGCGGACGGACUACAACGGCGCCACCUCGCGGACGUGGGACAUCUGCAACGAGAGCAGGCUGCACCCGUACAGCAAGAAGCCCGCGUCGUACAAGCUCGUCAGCAGGGAGGUGCCGGGCCUGCUGCCCAAGGAGGGCUCGCUGGUGUGGAAGAGGGCCGGGUUUGCGAGGCACGCUGUGCAUGUGACAAAGUACUCGGACGACCAGCUCUGGCCCGCUGGCCGCCACGUCCCUCAGACAUCCGGGGAGCCGUCGCGCGGCCUGCCGGAGUGGAUCGGCGACGGCAGCGAGUCCAUCGAGGACACGGACGUCGUCCUCUGGCACACAUUCGGCGUGACGCACAUCCCGGCCCCGGAGGACUUCCCCGUCAUGCCGGCCGAGCCGAUGACGCUCCUGCUGCGCCCGCGGAACUUCUUCACUAACAACCCCGUCAUGAAUGUCCCGCCGAGCUACGUCUCCAUCCCGAGCCAGGUGGCAGCCAAGAAGGAGGCUGUGGUUGAUGCCGCGGAUAAGGUGAGCAAGAUGGCAUUUACCGAGAGCUGCUGUGCUGGGUCGAAUGGUGCGAAUGGGUCGAACGGGUCGAACGGUGCUCAUUAA